AUGUCUGACAACGUCGGCCUCUCCACGCCUCGCGGCAGCGGCACUUCUGGCUACGUCCAGCGCAACCUCGCGCACAUGCGCCCGCGCGACUACGGCGCGCCGUACCCUCCGAAAGACGCCGAUUCGCUCCGUCACAAGCAACGGCAGCCCGAUAAGGAGAUUCUCGAGCACGAUCGCAAGCGCGAGGUCGAGGUUAAGGUCCUAGACCUCCGAGAUACCCUCGAGGACGAAGGCCUUGAGGAAGAAGAAAUUGAGACCCGAUGCGACGAGCUGCGCCAGAAGCUCCUUGCCGAUCUCGAGAAGCAGAAGAACUCACGCGGCGGCGGUCCGGUGCGGAAGCACUUCAAAAGUCACCAAGUACACGAGAUGGCGGACGCCAAAAUCAAGGAGAGCGAGAGGCUUAGGAGCGCGCUGAGGAUAAGCAAGGACUACGAGGAGGGAAGCCAUUGGAGGAGGCAGGAGGAGAGGCUGAGGAACGCCGUCGACAGGGACACCAAGAAGGAAGAGGCUGAUUAA